ACAUUGCCAUUCCGGGACGAGCGAGAGUGAACGACGAAUAGCUAGGGAAGUGGCGAACUUAGUUUUAUUUUAUUUAUGUAUGAAUGAAAUGAUCCACUGUAUAUAAUAUUUUUUUACUGGAGCUGCAAGCUAUUAGUGUAUUGAAAUUAUCAAAACCAAUACUUAUUUGUGUUACGUUUCUUGAGAUAUAGAUAACAAUAAUUAUCUUCACAGCCGCUUGGCCCGGGUUAUUGACGUUUAUUAAGCAUCUACUUAAAUUUUAGCUUCCGAAUGAAUACUGUUUGUGUACGCUAUUUUGUGGGCGUGUGGUCUAGCUAUGUAGUGAAUAUUAACUACGUAAAUAAUUAUUGAAUAUUGUGAAAAAAGUGAAAUAGUGAUAAUCUGUUAUUCUGAUAUGUGUUACAAAUUCGUAUUGAUGUGGCAAACCGGAUUGCACCAAGUUGGAGAAAACGUGACGAUCUUAUAAGAUGGAAGAGCUCGCGAGGCGAGUGAGCGGCGGCACCCCGAGGUUGGGUGACACGCGUCACACGGUACAGAGUGCGUCUUAUGAGUAUGCAUUUAUCCGGUCGGAUUAAAACGGGCAUACCCGGCUAGUAUGGAGGAGUGCAAGAAAAGACAUUCCGGCACUAAAGUUUCAAAGAUUGCGAAUAUAUUUCAAGGGAUGCCGUCGAGAGAGGAAGACGAAGUUCGCGGCAGCGACGUUACAGGCGUCCGAACCGAAAGUCAUUUGGCAAGGUUCAACAACGCACGUGCACUUUUUGAAAAAUUGGGUGAAGAAAAUCGUGGAUUUCGUAUUGAGAAAUCACCGUCAGCGGCUGCUAGUUUUGCAGGGACCCGUGGAGUAACUCCACCAGCGCGGUCUCGUUCCAGUUCUGCAGGCUCUGUUAGCCCGCCUAGACGAAUCGUGACGCCAACACCGAUGCCGACACCUGCUGUUAAUGGUGAUCGUCUGGCAAAUGGUGCAAAUGCACCACCGCCGAAACCUGUGAAGCCAAGUGUUUUACCCAAACCUGAAAAACCAGACAGAAGGUUUAACAAGGAGCUCAUAGAGAAACAGAGAAAUUGGACUGCUCACUUUAAUAAAUCUCGCCAAUCUCGAAAUGAUGAACCUAAAGUGGACUCUAAUAAAUACUGCAGUAGUUACCAAGACAGAAAGUCACCAGACGCUCAUGAAAGAUAUGUAGUUCCUUCACGUGUUUAUUCUCCACCACUUUCGCCUUGCGCCGGUGAUAGCCAAUUAGAACGUCCUACUACUCUUCCUUCUUCGUUAUUAAAUCGAGUCACAUCUACCACAAAAACUCCGAGUCCUAUAAAAAUUGUUACACCUGUGUCCCCGAGAGCUAACAAUUCAGUGUCACCUAUACCGAGACCCGAAUCUUCUGUUUCUCCGCCAACGCGAAGAGAACAUGUAAAAUCACCAAGUAAAACCAAAACUGAUUUGGCAUCUCAACUUAAUACCUCCAGUGAAAAGAGUUAUCCUAGUGUUAGAUCGUCGUUUACCCCUCCGAGUGAUGACGAAAGAAGUGAAAAUAAGGAAAAUAACGAUUUUCCAAUACAUAAAUCUAGUGAACAAACACAGUAUAGUGAACAAAUACAGUAUAUAGAACGAGUUUCCCCUACGCCACCAGUUUCGGUUCCGCGAAAACAAAAAUCACCAUCGCCUUCAGCAAGGUCACCAAAAUCUCCAGUUUCGCCGCUAUACUAUGAAAAAGAUAGUUUGCCUUCAGCUGAGCGUGAAACUUCUGAGUCACCAGUGGCCCUAAAUCCAAUCGAAACUCCGUCGAACGAUAAUGUCGUUGAUGUAGCUCCCACUGAGGGAAAUUCGCCUAGUGUUACAUCUCAUGAUUCACCUGUGCUGUCCAACUCUGAGGACAAUAACACAAAAAAUAUUAGUGAACGUGUAUCUCCGACACCUAUCAGUCCAGUAACUUUGGACAAUGGCUCAAGAUCCUCGAAAAUAUUGGAUGAAGAUGUAUAUGAGUCUGUAGAUUAUGAAGGAGAAUGGGAAGAAAAAUCCAGACGGCGUUCUUCAACGCCUGAAUCUCCUACAUGUCCUGUGAAGAUUGAUGAUGCACCACGCUCUCCACUAGUGUCACCGCUAGCGUCUCCGGUUCACCAUAUUGCGGAGUCCUCGCCUCCUUCUCUUCAAGCUUCACCCUCGCCUGCGGGCGGAGGUCGCAAGUCGUCCGAGGCGGAAGAAAUACCGCGACGGAGUGGAUCUCGGGCGUCCAGCGUGUCGGACGAGGGAGGGUUCAACGAGCCCUCGCCCGAGGUGGUGGCGCGGUUACGACCUGCAGACUACAGAGAGCCGCCACCACCCGCACCACCUCUCACCAGAGACAUACGGGACGCAGAGCGCGCGCGAUCAGAUCCUGACACACUCUCCGUACUCCAGCAGGGUUCCAAACCCCAAUUACAGGACUCCGGCGUGGUAGUGAGUGAAGCGAGCCAAGGCUCCAUAGAGGUGCUCGACAAGUCGACCACCAGCCAAUGGAGCGUGUCGGAGGGCGAGAACGCGUCCGGGGAGAGCGGGCGCGGGGGAGACACGGCCGACGCUCGCUGGGACGACGCCGACGGAGACUCCAAGCAGCCCGACAGCAUGACCCCCGACGAAGCCGAGAUACUGCUCAGCUCGAGAAUUGUCGCAAGAAAACCCCUUUUAAAGCAAGGACUCGAAAUAACUAAGCCUGUUCAAACGUGUAACUUUGGAGAUAACCAAAGAAAUAGAAAUACGGAUGCAAAGUUUAAAAAUAUUCUGGAGAAAAAACUUAGACAAGAAGCGUUGCUGUCGGACGAGCAGGCGCAGGAGAUCGUCGCCAUGUUGUCGCCGCACGCGCUGCCGCACGACAAUGGCGUCUCCCUCAACGACAGCUACCAGUCUGUGCUCUCGUACGAGAGCAUGCAGUCAGUGGACGAGAGCUACGAGUUUGUGUCGUUGGAGGCGGACUCUGGGCUGGCGGGCGGGGACCGGCGCGCGGCGCCCGAGCCGGCCGAGCCCGAGGCGGCGCCCGCCACCGUCUUCGACCACUACCCGCCGCACCAACUGCGCGAGCUCGGCGAGGAGAACGGCAUACACUACUUCGAAGAUGGACACUUCUAUACUGAGGUUGCCGGACUUCCGCCUAUUGAAGAAGAUGAAGACGAUGAUUAUUACCCUCCAGUAUUUGUCAAGAAAAAUACCAAAGUUAAAUUCAGUACGAAUCCAAUGCGCGUGUUUUCGACGCACUCGGUGCGCGAGUACGACAGACGCAACGAGGACGUUGACCCCGUGGCCGCCAGUGCGGAGUACGAGCUGGAGAAACGUGUCGAGAAGAUGCACGUCUUCCCCGUAGACUUGGUCAAGGGGGCUGAUGGACUUGGACUCUCCAUUAUCGGUAUGGGUGUUGGUGCGGACGCUGGGUUGGAGAAGUUAGGAAUAUUUGUGAAGACUAUAACCGAGAGUGGCGCCGCCGCGCGAGACGGACGCAUACAAGUCAACGACCAAAUUAUUGAGGUCGAUGGCAAGAGCUUGGUGGGUGUAACGCAAGCAUACGCCGCGUCUGUAUUAAGAAACACUUCAGGGCCUGUAAAGUUCCUCAUUGGACGUGAGAAGGACCCUGAAAACAGUGAAGUAGCACAUCUCAUACGACAGUCACUUGCUGCAGACAAGGAGAGGGAGGAAAGGGCCAAUCGCGAGCGUCAGCGUCGCCAGCAGGCCGAGGAAGAGGACUCCAACCAGGCCGCGCCUGCAGACACGUCCGCUGCACAAGCUAGACACCCGGAAAUCAAUGAACUGAGGGCUUUCUUACAAGAGUUGGUGGGCAUGGAGUCAGGCGGCGGCAGUCCGGAGGAGAUCAGCGCGCGCCUGCGGGACUGGUGCCAGGCGCGGGCGCCCGACGACCAUCUGCGCCGCGCACUCUCCACUGCCGCCGACAACGCGCACCGGGCGCAGCGGAAAUACGAUAAGGCUCGGCGCGCCCUCCGCGAGUGGCGCCGUACGCGCGCCCUAGUCCGCGCGCGCGAGGAGUGGUGGAGCGGCGCGCUGCGGGACGCGCACCGCGAGUACGGCGCCGCGCUCUCCGCGCUGCACGACCGCGUCGCACGGCUCGAGGUGCUACUGCUGGAGACUCAAAAGAAAGCUGGUCUCCCGGUGAUGUUGCCACACGAGCCCUCGGCUCGUCGCGAAACACCGCCCCUGCCUCGCCGACCUGAUCCAGAUCCGCUUUUGAUUAACAAUCCAUGGAGUUCUGACAGUGAUCUCUCCGAUUUAUCGCCUGUUGAGGACGAAUACGCUAAAGUGGACAAGUCGAGGCGAUGUGAAGCGCCCGACCUUGGAGACGUUACUGAACCCGCCGUAGAAGAGGCUAAACCUGUGACGGUCCCCCCACACGUGACGCAAGCCCCGCCUCACGUGAUGCAAGCCCCGCCCCACGUGAGUCAGGCCCCGCCCCACGUGACGCAGGCUCCAGCUCCCGCACCAGUCGUCACCACGUCGCAUGCGGUGUAUGCAACUAUCGGACCUCACACCGUGCAUUCUUCUGCUACACCGAGUAAUCACCAGGAUACUCAGUCUACAUCGUCGGUGCUGGGUGGGGGUUCGGUGAGCAGCGUGGGCGUGUCGAGUGGAGGGGCGGGGCUGAGCCAGUCGUCGCUGGGCGCGUCCCGCGAGCUGGACGCGGCCGUCCCGCGCGGCGCGCUACUCGACACGUCGGCGCACCGCGCGCGGACCGACCUCGCGCGGCACCGCCACGCGCAGCACUCGCCGCAUUCUCCGCACUCACUCAGCAAUGCUAGCUCGUACGACGGGCUCGACGACUCGUAUAACGACUCAGCGGACGAGUCGCUUAGCGAGUCUACAUCAGGUGGACCGCCUCACAUUGGCCAGCAGCACCGCGACACCCGUCAGAGUUGUGGCAGUUCCGUGGGUAGCGCGACUGAUGAUGCCGUGUACUCCAGGGACCACAGGCAUCAUCCUCUCACUGGUGCGAGUGCGUCGCUGGCCGAGCAGCUCAAGCAGGUGCUGGCCGAGCGCGAGCGGCGCCUGGCGGCCGCGGGGCCGGGGCCGGGGGCGGGGCUGGGGGCGGGGUCGCCGCUGUCGCAGGUGUCGCCGCCCGUGCCCGACGCCGUGCAGCUCACCAACGAGCUGGUGGACGAGAUCCGCCAGGCCGUCAGCGAGGCCAACGCCCGAGUAAAGAAAGCUCCGGCGUGUGUAGUCGGCGGCGAGGUGCCGUGGCAACCGCUGUCCAGCGCCGUGUCCGAGGCCAGCCUCACGCCGCCGCCGCAGGCUCAGGCGCAUCCCGUCAACCACUGGACCAAGCAACAGGUGUGGCAGUGGGUGUCAGGGCUGGGCGAAGGCCUGGAGCGACACGCGGGGGCCUUCGCGGCGCGCGGAGUGGACGGGGCGCUGCUGCUGGCCCUCAGCUCCGCCGACCUGAAGCUGCUGGGGCUGGGCGGGGACGACCGCCGCCGCAUGAAGCGACGCCUCAAGGACCUGCGCUCCGCACACGAGAAGCACCUCAAAGCCCUCAAGAAGGCGGAGAAGAAAGCCAAGAAGAAGUAAAUCUAUCACACGGCUCUGACAUGCCAUCACCAAAGAAUGAGUCAGUUCACAUGAACUUCCACCACUUUCUUACUGCUGUGCUAAUAAACAAUUCGUAUACGUUACGCGUCAUUUAAUAUGACAGAGAUAAGAAAUGUUUGCACGCUUUAAAUUAUACGUUUGUGUGACUGUGUUUCCUAUUUUGAAUAUUUUACGCUUCAUGUGAACUGCCUCCUGAGUUUCUCAAGUAUGUUUAUUUUUCUGUGGCAAUUAUUUAUGGCAACUAUAAGAAUGAAAUAUAAUAUCUAUAAAAUGUUGACCUAAUUUUUGUAUAAAUUAUCUAGAAUUUCCGACUCGUGUUCAACUUUCCUUUCUUGCCUUUUCUUUCUGUUUGAAAGUUCGGAAGCGUGUAGUUACAUUCUAAGAUAUUAUUAACAAGUAGGUAAUGUUAUGAGAGAUGUUCAUGUGACUGAAGCUCGCGAUGGUAUUGGUGGUGGGUAUAAAGCUGUGUCUGAUAGCAUACAGAGUGCCAUCUGACCCAUAGCUUAGAGACUAGUGACGUUAGUGCUGCUUCAAACGAAGAAACGAAUAUUAUUAAUCGAAAAUUAGACCUAAGUGAAUGUGGGACAGGACAAGUAGAACUCAUUUAUCUAGACUGUCUAUUGUAAUCUAUUUCCAUACUAUAUUCGACAGACAUUUUGUUGGUUUCUUCAUCGUUCCUACAUUUUGUAUUAAUUGUGUCAGUUUUUCUGGAAGUUCGAGAUCAUGCUGUGGACUGUAGGAAAAAAAAUACUGGCUCAAUCUAGUCAAUAAGAUGAAUUAGAUGUUCUAAAGUCAUGAAUUAUAACAUUUUUUCUUAGAAAUUUUGAAGUAUUUAAGAUUAGGAAUAAACUUUCUCGUAUGUAAUUAUCACCAAUUAUAAUAAUGAGAUUGUAAUGCAGUAAUUUAUUUACGUUCGUGGCCAAUGCAAUGCAAACUGAUUUUGAUAAUCCUUGGCAUUUAUUUAUAUUAUGAAUUAUAUUGCACAAAAUGUACUUAGUGAUACGGUGACUGAUUAUAUUCUAUUACGUCGCCAGCGUUUAGUAUAUUUUAAAUUGUAUAGUGAAGUAACAUUCAUGAAACAUAUUGUGAUCUCAUGUCAUGUAAGAGUACCAGAUUAUCUUCCCAGCCCAUGUCAUAGUAUUUAUUCGAAACAGUUACUAUCUUGUGAACUCUUAUGAAAUGCUAUCUUCACGAUUUAUUAUACAUUCCAGUAAAUUACUAUUUCUACCUAUAUACAUAGUUGUUUCUGUGUGGAGUUUGAUCGUUUAGAUGAGCUUUAUAGUUUUUCUUAGGCGACAUACAUUAUGGUUUAUCUAAUCUAACAAGUAAGCGUUACUGUCUGUGUAUUCAUGUGCGUCAUUUGGUUCCAUACCCAUCAUGUAAUCAUGUAAAUAUAGUUUCGAGUAGAUAAUGUGGAGACUACCAGAGUGAGCUUGAAAUCAUAUUGUGUGACUGGAUGUACGUUACGCAUUUAGAAUAUUUAUUUCAUUUAAGAUUUAAUAAUAAGUAGAGUCCAUUGCCAAAAUUGAUCAGUACUUUUGUUUAAUGUUGUUGUUUUUUUUUUAAUUUACAGUUUCUUUUAAUAAUUUUAAUAUAAUAUUUAUUUCGGGACCAAAUUAAUUUAUUAUGAACUUAAUUAUGUAUUUGGGUGUGUGUUCAAGAGAAGAUUUUUUUUAUUUAUAAUUUAAUAAACAAACCAAAGUCUACAUCA